GCCCAAAAGUUUUUCUCUUAUACUCCGUAUAAUGUAAUUUUGACACCUAAAUGGACCUCAAUAUUUUCCGUAGAAUAUUCUCAUUGGUAUAAUUAGGGUUCGCCCCCUUCAUUUUCGCUAUAAAAUCUUCAUCGCUUCAAAUUUGGUUGUUAUUUUCUUUGCCGAUUAAGGUGCUAAGCAGAUCUUGUCAGAAAUGGAGCAGACUUUCAUCAUGAUCAAGCCUGAUGGCGUCCAGCGCGGCCUGGUAGGUGAAAUUAUUGGCCGGUUUGAGAAGAAGGGCUUCUCUCUGAAAGGUUUGAAGCUUGUCACUGUUGACCGUGCUUUUGCUGAAAGCCAUUAUGCUGAUUUGUCUGCUAAGCCUUUCUUUAAUGGCCUUUGUGAGUACAUUGUUUCUGGUCCUGUUGUGGCAAUGGUAUGGGAAGGAAAGGGUGCUGUUGCAACUGGAAGGGUUAUGAUUGGAGCCACAAACCCCUCACAGUCUUCUCCCGGAUCGAUCCGUGGUGAUUUUGCUGUUGAUAUUGGGAGGAAUGUCAUCCAUGGAAGUGAUUCAGUUGAGAGUGCUAGGAAGGAAAUUGCACUUUGGUUCCCAGAAGGUGUGACCGCAUGGAAGAGUGAGCUUCACCCUUGGAUCUAUGAGAACUAAAAUAUUUCUGAAUUUAUCUUGUAGUGAUGUUUUCCUACAACUAUGCUCACUUGUGUUCUCUCUGUCUUGAUUAUGACCAGAAUGUUGUUACCUUCAUCCUCUCUUUAGAAGUGCUUGAGUUUGAGCAAGAUUUGAUAUAUUUGUAGCUUUAGUUUUGCUAUGGAUAUUUGUUGCCAUUAGGGUUGAGUUUGAAAUUCGAAAAUUGAAUCAAAACAAACCAAGUUAAACAGAAUAGCUAAAAAACCAAAACUCUGAAGGUAAAAAACCGAACCAAAUUGUAGUUGUUCGCUAGGUGCUGGUUUUUAUCUAGGCAUGGACCGGUUCUGGGCUGGUCCAAACCAGGCUUUUAUUUUUUGAGCCCGGAACCGGCCCAGUUUGUAACUGGGUUUGGGCCGGGCCAAUCGGAACCGGUUCAUGCCUAUUUUUAUCCUUCAAAAUUGUAUUGAACUCAACAAAUUGAAUUGAUCAAAAUAUGAAAUUUUAUUUGUCAAUCGUUAAGCAUUACUCAUAAUAUCAUCAGUAGUCUUUGGUUACUUGUGCUACAAAGUUAAUAUUUGUGUUAUAUUUAGUUUAGUUUAUAAAUGCAAUUACACAUUCAUUGCCUAUAAUGAUGUAGUUAUAUUCAUCUAUUAUGUCUUCUACAU